UCAAAUUCAAAACCCCACCUUCACCUCUCUCCCUUCAAUUCCCCCUCCAUUACUCUAUUUCUUCACCCGGAAACCCAACUCAACCAACCCCUUUUCCCAACACACAUUCAGUUCCAUUCCCCUCUUCCCUUCAUUGAAAGAAAUGAGCUCCUUCGUCCAAGGGUUCCAGAAGAGCAGAUCCGCCGCCCUCCCGGUGUCCCAACCCGGCGGCGGCUGCGAGCAGGGGAGGAGACUGUCCUCCUUCUCCUCAUUCUCUUCCGUGCAGCCCAUAUCGAGCUCGCUGUCGGCGAUGAAGCAUCGCGCAGGAGACGCCAUCAGAAGCUGGGGGGAGUGGGGCGGGAUCCUGCCCAAGAAGCCAGCUCAGGAUCUGGAGACGAACUAUUACGAGGAGGCCUAGUAGUAACUUGAUUUGCUUUUGGCGUGGAGCACAAGCAAAGAAGGAACACCUUCCAUUGAUCUAUUUAUCAAAAGGGAAAAUUCGUUUUGUACUCGAUGAACACAUUUCUCGGUUUAUGGAGUUUGAAGCAAGUUUCA